AUGCUCGACGUGAUUAGCAACCGGAGCAUCUCCAUUACUUGGGUGAGACGUUUGGGAACUCUGCCCAGGUUGGAAGAGGCGAAGUUCUACACAUCUCUCGGUCUGCACAGCCGUGAGGAUCCUCAGUGGCCUCUCAUCAGAUGGGUUGGAACUGAGGGGCAGUACGACAUGAUGGUCAUGGAUUUGCUUGGGCCAUCACUGGAUGCAUGCUUCAAGCACUGUGGAUCAUUUAGUUUGAAGACUGUACUGACAGUCGCCAUUCAGAUAAUCGACCGCCUCGAAUACGUGCACAACUGCGGCAUUUUGUACAGAGACAUCAAGCCGCACAACUUUUUGAUGGGUUUGGGAGCACACAGCAGCAGAGUCUACAUCGUAGACUUCGGGCUUGCAAAAAGAUACAUUGACAAGCACGGCCGGCAUAUGGCAUGUUCCAGCAAGAAGCGGAGCGGCGUAACCGCUCUCCUGAGGUACAGCUCGAUCAAUGUGCAUGAAGGGAUUGACGCGAGUCGUCGCGAUGACUUAGAAGCCACAGGCUACAUGUUUGUGCAUUUUCUUCGAGGCGACUUGCCUUGGCUUGGCCUCAAGGCUCACUCCAAAAAAUCGAAGCAUAAGGCCAUCGGCCGUGUAAAGAUGCAGACAAGCGAUGAGGAGCUUUGCAAGGGAUUCCCUGACGAAUUUCGUGAGUUCAUCGCCUAUUCGAAGUCACUGGGGUACGCUGACCAGCCAGACUACGAAUACUUGCGUGGCCUUUUCCGAAAGCUCUUCGAAAGGCAGGGCUUUCGCUUGGAUGGCCAGUUUGAGUGGACGGACAAGCCCCUCCCUCCACCGGACAAGCGGAAAAAGAUGAAGUCCUGCUCGCGCGACCUGCGACUACUUCGGGAGGCAAGGGCCUGCCAAGAGGCUCAGGCUCUGGGUUUGCCGGGGUUCCGGGCUAUUACCGGCAUUUAUGGGGUUUACUAG